UCUCUCUUCUGCUGUAUCAGGAGCAUCUUCCAUUUACACUUAGGAGCGACAGUACAAUACAUGGGAAUCGAAAGCAUCUCUGUUGACUAUGAUGCAAUCAAUGAGAAGAAUACUUUUUCCAAUGGGGAUCACAUAAGCGGGCGAGUUACUGUUCAUGUCUCCAGCCCAACAAAGAUCCAGAGCUUGGCCAUCAAGGCAAAGGGAAAGGCCAAAGUCCGCUGGAGUGAGCACUACGGCAAUAAUACCACAGUGACGUACUCUGAUAAAGAAAAAUACUUUUCUGAGGAGAAACUCUUACUGGAGGAGGGUCCAGCUGGGUCCCUGGAGCUUGCAGCAGGACGGCAUGUGUACCCAUUCUCAUUUCAGAUCCCAGACAUAGACAUGCCACCGUCUUUCAAAGGUUCGCAUGGCAAAAUCAGAUACAAUUUGAAGGCCAUACUGAGCAGAUCUCUACAUGUUGACAAGAAGGCCAAGACAAGCUUCACCUUCAUCGCAAAGGCCUAUAGGCCAGAUCCCGGGCUUAUGGUCCCGCAGUAUGGGAGCAAAGACAAAGACGUAGGCCUAUCAUUCUUUGCCUCCGGAAAUAUUUCCAUGAACAUUUCUACAGAAAAAAUGGCCUAUCACCAAGGAGAGGACGUGCAAGUCAAGGCAGAGAUCAUCAACAGCUCAACACGCAAGAUUGUUCCCAAGUUCUACAUCUACCAAAAGCAGAGCUUCUUCGCUAUGAAACGCAGGCGUGUGGUCACGAAGGACAUCCUGAAAGAGAAGGGCCUCAAUCCCAUGCAAUCGUCUACAUCAGAAAUCAUGACACAGAACAUGACCAUCCCUAAGGAACUGCUCCCCUCCGUCCUCAACUGCCGCAUCAUCAAGGUGGAGUACAGGAUCAAGGCCGUUCUCCAUGUGUCCAUGUCCAGAGAUCCAGAGAUCAAACUUCCUCUGAUUAUACUGCUACAAGAACAUACCAAGGAAGCAGAGCUACCAGCAUAUGAUUGGUCUACUCAGAAAAUGGAAUCUCCUCCACCAGCAUAUGGUUGGUCCACCCAGACGAAUGGAGAUGCGAUGUCAGCGUAUAAUUGGCCAAAUCAGAAUGAAGCAGCUCCACCAGCAUAUGAUUGGUCAACCAAUAAGAAGUAGACAUCAAAGCCUGACAAAAAGAAGGAGGCAGGAGGGCCAGAGAAAAAGAAAAAGAACUGGCCAUAUGAAGAAGACCUACUGUGACUAUUGACAAUCACAUCCUUAUGUCCUUUACAUUUUGUCAAAGAUUCACUCCAGUUGUACUUGAAUAACAAUGGGUUAAUAUUGCUUUUAACUAUUAUUAGGGGAAUAGUGUAGUUCUCUUUUGCAUUCAUUACCAUUCUACAAGCCUCCGAUUACUGCACUAGUUUACAAUUUAUUCAUAUCUAUUGCCUAAAGGCUCAUAAUCUCUGCUUUAUCUAGCUACACUCUGUAAGGACUGUAGCCCGAUGACCUGACAAUCAGAGGUGCAAUAAAAGCAGAACAGAUUAGAUGUCAUAUAUGUGUUUUUGUGUUUUCUGUUGUUGAUAGAACAGUCAAGAGUAUUACAGGAAGACAGUGGAAGAGAGACAUGGUGUAGGGUUGGGAUAUGACCCAGUACAGGCUGGACUCGAACCUAUAGGGAACGCCAUAGUCAUGAAAGCCAAUAUGUGGAGGGCUUAGCAUGUUGUGCAACAGCGUCCUGAUGUUAUCUAUUGUUAGGGACCUUGAUGUGCAAAAUGCAAAAGAGUAAGGAAAGGAGGGACUGCAACACCACCUGAGACACACCUGAGAUUAUGAGGCUUUAGGUCAGGGGUGGGGAACCUUUAUCAUUCAAGGGGCCACUUCAAAUCCUUCCAAGGGCCAAACAAAUCCUUCAAGUGCCGUAGUAUAAACACAAACCAGGAUUUCCCCCUGCACUUUAGGUCUAUAUUGAAGGCAGCCACCUUUAACCCUCAAGCGACCGGCCUGUUUUUGCGACUAAUCUGACCGAGUGGGGUCAUUUAUGACCCCAAGGAGUUUAUAUAGAAAUACCACUAUAUAAAUUAUUUUUUGGGGUUCAUUCAAAUUUAUUUACAUCUUGCACAUACUUGUCCCUCAUCUAAAGCAAAAAAAUGUGAAUUUGAACAUUUUAUUGUUUUGCUAAAAAAUAGUCAAACUUACAUACGUAUAUGCUAAAUAUGAUGUAUGCCCUCAUUUGCAUAUGUAAACAUCAAAAUACAAAAAACAUCCAAUACAUUUUUUUCUUCUCUCAUCAUCAGUAAUCAACUGAGAAAGUUUCAUGGUGAUAUCUAUCAUUUAAAAUGUUUAGCCUAUUCACUUGUAGUAGUCUCACCAUAAUAAUACAGUAUAUUUAUGCUAAUUAUGGAAAUUGCUCAAAGUGAAACUUUGAGAAACCAAGCUAAAUUCUAUCCGUAAGGCCCAUAGAUGACAUUUCUGCAAUAAAACUUUAUGGUACUCAACAUUUCUGGGUUCAUGAAAUCACAAGAUCAGAGAAUUUACAUAGAAAAAACCACGUCUCAAACAUAUAACCCUAUGCACACUCAAAAUUUCUCUGAAACUUUUUCUGGACAUUGUAGCUGUGAAAAGGUGUCUUCCACAUAUAUUAGAGCAAAGAAAUGAUUCAACUGAUGCUUCAGCCUUUGUAUAGCCAUAAAAUAAGGAAAAUUCUAAAAACGCCAUUGAUUUCUACACUGAUGACUUGUUUCCUCCCUCUUUGUUCUUCAGGAUGACUUCCAUUUCAUAUUCUCAUCAUGUGUCUAGGACCACUGUGCCAUGAUAUCAACAAAUAUUGAGCAAUAACAGAGGAAAUGCUACCUGGGUGCCCUCACAAUAUGCUUUGUUGGCUAUCGCAGGGGUGCCCUAUUUAUUUAUAUAAUAUAUUAUAUUUUAAUACUAUAAAUGUUUAUAUUGUGAAUAUUUUAGGUCUGCUGACCAUGGCCUGCCCAAAGACACAAAAUACAAAAAUCAGAGUUUGAAAAUUACAACAACAAUGGACAUUAUAAUGUUGAGUAUCUCAUGGAUCCUCUCGGGGUCAUAAAUGACCCCAGAGGUGUUUUGAUUAUAAAUCCUACAUAGAUGGUCCAAAUCUCACAAAAAUUCACAACAUGCACAACAUAUGUAUUGACAAACUCCUAGAAGGACAAGUUUUUCUGAUGAAAAUUGCCGGAAUGGUGUAUGAAAAUAUGUGCCCGGGGUCAUAAAUCACCCCAGUCGGUCGCUUUAGGGUUAAAACAGACCCCACCUUCUCUAGGUCCCCUGAAUAUAACUUCAUUGUAUUGCAAAUGUAAUUUGUAAGAUUCCUUUACAAAAUAUGUCAUAUUUCAUGUGAACCUGCUUAACAUCAGAAUUGUGUCGGGGGCCGCAUAAGACAACCUCCCGGACCGUAAAUGGCCCCAGAGACAUAGGUUCCCCACCCCCUGCUUUAGGUCGACCGUCGCUAUCAUGAGUUUUGUUUAUUCUUUUUUUACUGUGGUUGGUACACAUGAAGCGUUCACAAGUCAGAUGUUGCCAUACUACAUUUGCAUAGCACUGUGCAAUAGGCUGAGUUCCUCCCCGUGCAUCGGUUACGUGUCUGUCAUUUUUUUUUGUAUGAAUGUCGCAACACUACUGGCCAGUUCACCAUACAUUUCCUCCAUUCAACGCUUCUACAAGUAUUGUACUUCAAUCAA